AUGGCGGAAAAAGACAAACGGAAAUCUGAGACCUCCACCAGUGACGAGACGGCUGCUGUCCCCGAAGGUGCCGCCUCUGGUGAGGAUGACCAGGAGGUGGUCGUUCUCCCGGAUACGGCGGAGUCAUCCUCUGAGAGCAACGACCAACCAGAGGACCCGUACGCAUACAAAAAACCCGAGGACGUCACAUUUCGUUACAGGGCAAGAGAUGUCAAUGAGUGCACUAAGAACCCUUGCCGACAAGGACGCUGUGUAAACAAAGAUGGCGGAUACAUCUGCAUAUGCUACAAAGGGUGGAGCGGACAGAACUGUGAUCUGGAAUCAUGCCAGCUGAAGGCGGGACUUGGGGCGUCCUAUCGCGGAAACAUCUCUGUGACCAAGACAGGCAAGACCUGUCAGCGUUGGGACAGUCAGACACCACAUCGGCACCGCAAGGCACCUGCUAGUCAUCCGUCAUCAGGACUGGAGGAGAACUACUGCCGGAACCCUGACGGGGAACCGGGAGGAGUUUGGUGUUACACCAUGGAUCCCGGCUCGAGAUGGGAGUCUUGUGACGUACCAGUCUGCGCUGCCAAACGAUGUCAAAAAGGCUGGGAGGAUUACACCAACUACUGCUACAAGUUUGUGAGAGACACUGUUUCCUGGUCUACGGCAUCCUCAAGGUGUAAAAAAGAAGAUGCAUUUCUGGCUUCAAUCGGAAGCAGUCUGGAGAACUACUUCAUUACAAGUCUCAUCUCGAAAGGUCCUAUGCGGGUUUGGAUCGGACUUCGUAGACUUGGCAGGUCUUGGAAGUGGAUUGAUGGGGCACCAGUCACCUAUAGGAACUGGGCCCCUGAUGAGCCUAACAACUACUGGGCCCGUGGAGAGGACUGCGUUCACAUUUUGUCUAAGACCGCGUGGCGCAGCGGCAGCAUGUACGGCUCGUAA